UGCCAUGGCCGCUUUCUCGUCUCGGAGUGCUUAUAUAGUCUAGGUGACGGCCAUACCUCUCUCUCUUCCCGACGCUGAUGCAAUGGCACAAGGUAGCAGAUUGUCAAACUGCGGGCGAGUAGCCGCGGAGGGGACAUAAACCCAAUAAUCGGUGCCACAGGGCCAACUAUCAGUGCGGCUCCAGAACAGCAAUCUGACACGGGCAUACAUGCGCACUGCAGUUUAUAGUCAAUUCGAGUCUCCUCCGACGGAGCCACACGCAGCAGUGACUACUCCGAACUCAGCCUUCUCCAGGUCCUGUUUCCACCGCAGCCUUUUCCAUCCGAUUUUGGACCAAAACAUUGCCACUGCGUCAGACUCUAACUUCGUCAGGCCCCAUCGCUCGGAUCCCGCGGAAGCCUGGUGUGUCAAGUGAAGGAGCCAGGCCAAACACAUGAAGUAAGACAGGAGGACGCUAGAGGAAGUGGUGACACGUACAGACCAGGGGGGACCAAGGGGGACCAGAGGAGUGGAAGACGACACAGUCACAAAGAGCAAGAGGUGGAGACCCUAGCAGGACAGGGCUGGAACAACAGCAAGGGGCGUCGGUCAUGCUCUAGCACACAGAGAGGAGGCUGAACCUCAGCAGAGAUACACUGCCCCAAAAACCCUGCUCUCUCUCACCACCUCCCUCCCACUGCCCCUGCACUGCGGUGCCAGUGAGGAUGCCCAGGCGGCUAUUGUGACGGGUCGCGACGGUGUGUGUAGGUGGGCAGGCUGAGCUACGAUGCGGCCCUGGGCGGGCUCCUGGCGCUGGGUUACCCUGGUACUGCUGGCGUGGGGCACGCUGCUAUUCUACAUCGGGGGCCACCUGGUGAGGGACAGUGAGCACCCAGAGCGAUCCAGCAGAGAGCUAUCCAAGAUCCUUACCAAGCUGGAACGCCUCAAGCAGCAGAACGAGGACCUACGACACAUGGCUGAGUCCCUCAGGAUACCUGAGGGCCAGGUAGAAGAGGGAGGGGCCCUGGCUGUGGGGAGGCUACGCUCCCUGGAGGACCAGCUGACCAGAGCCAAGCAGAAGAUACACAGCUUCCAGAGACUGACCGGAGAUGGUCCGGGCCCCACCCAGGAGGAGCUGAGGCGGAGGGUAGAGAACGGUGUGAGGGAGCUCUGGUACUUUGUCAGCAGCGAGGUGAAGAAGCUGGGCCAUGUGGACGCUGGGGAAAGGCCCAGACAGGCUGACACCCUGAUACAAGACCUGGGACACCAGCAGAGGUCCAUCAUGACAGACCUGUAUUACCUCAGCAAUGCUGACGGAGUUGGAGACUGGAGGGUGAAGGAGGCCAGGGACCUGUCUAACCUGGUGCAGAACAGGAUCACGUACCUACAGAACCCCCAAGACUGCAGUAAGGCCAGGAAGCUGGUGUGUAACAUCAACAAGGGCUGUGGCUACGGCUGUCAGCUGCACCACGUGGUCUACUGUUUCAUGAUCGCCUAUGGCACACAGCGCACCCUCAUCCUGGAGUCCCACAACUGGCGCUACGCCACGGGCGGCUGGGAGACUGUCUUCCACCCUGUCAGCAACUCCUGUACUGAGCGUACCGGGGUGUCUACAGGGCACUGGUCAGGUGAGACCCAUGACAAGGACAUCCAGGUGGUGGAGUUACCCAUCGUGGACAGCCUUCAGCCCCGCCCCCCCUACCUGCCCUUGUCCAUCCCUGAAGACCUAGCCCAGCGCCUCCACCGGCUCCAUGGUGACCCGUCCGUGUGGUGGGUGUCUCAGUUCGUCAAGUACCUGGUCCAUCCUCAGGCCUGGCUGGAGAAGGAGAUCCUGGAUACCACAGCCAAGCUGGGUUUCAGGCAUCCCAUCAUAGGGGUCCAUGUUCGGAGGACAGAUAAGGUGGGGACGGAAGCAGCAUUCCACCCUAUAGAGGAGUAUAUGGUUCACGUGGAGGAACAGUUCCAGCACAUGGCCCGACGUUUCCACGUGGACAAGAAACGAGUCUACCUGGCAACAGAUGACCCUUCACUACUGCAAGAGGCUAAGACCAAGUACCUAGACUAUGAGUUCAUCAGUGAUAACUCUAUCUCGUGGUCGGCUGGUCUGCACAACCGCUACACUGAGAACUCUCUGAGAGGAGUGAUCCUAGACAUACACUUCCUGUCACAGACUGACUUCCUGGUCUGCACCUUCUCCUCACAGGUGUGCCGCGUGGCCUACGAGAUCAUGCAGACGCUGCACCCGGAUGCCUCCUCCUUCUUUCACUCAUUAGACGACAUCUACUACUUUGGGGGCCAGAACGCCCACAACCAGAUCGCCAUCUACCCCCACCACCCCCGCAGCCCAGAGGACGUACCUCUGGAGCCCGGUGACGUCAUCGGCGUGGCAGGGAACCACUGGGACGGCUACUCAAAAGGGGUCAACCGUAAAAUGGGGCGCACCGGUCUCUACCCAUCCUACAAAGUCAAGGAGAAGAUCGAAACCGUAAAGUACCCCACGUACCCCGAGGCAGACAAGCUGCUCUCAAACUCUCAACGGAAGUGAAGAAGGAAGGGAAGGAUGAAAAUAAAAAGAGAGAGAGACACUCUGAAUCAGUUACACUGCACAUGUUGUGAACAGAGAGAACAGUGGGAAAGGGAGAAAGAGAUGGAGGUGAUUAGACUGCACUGAGAGUGUGUGGGCCUGCCUGUGGGCAUUUACUUGUGUGUGAGUGUGUAUAUCUGGAUGUGAAUCUGUAAAUUGCGGAAUCUUGCACCUGCCACCACCCUGUCCCGGUACACACAGAUGGGUUUUAUAGAGAAAUAGGAAGGAACAUUGAUUUCAAAUGAGCCUGAAAACAAUUAAAGGUCCGUAGCCGACAACACUCACUCUCCAAGGCAGACUGGGAAUGGGACUAUCCAACUGAGACUAUCCAAUCAGGGCAAGCCUUGGAUCGAUUAAAAGAAAUAUUUAACAAGCCUUGGAUCGAUGACUGGAAAACAAUUAUAAACAAGAAAAAGUUACUUGUUUUAAUUUUUAUUAAAUUAUUUUGGUGGUUUAAA